AGCUAUUGAACAAACGGUUGUUUUGGCGUGUUGCAGCAUCCGUUUUUUGGGCCGUUUGAUCUGGUUCGAUCCAUGUGUUUUGGACCUUCUGAUAUUUUUUCCGUUUGUUUGGUCUGUCCUUGUUGGAUAUGUGAUGCUGACAUGUGGGGUCCAGUUGUCGGCGCCGCACUGUUUAAUUUUUUGGGAGUCGCGCUCAUUUAUUCGCUGCCGUUUCCCCUUUCCCCAUUUCGCUUCGUCUUCUUCCUGGCGAUUUGGCUCUCUCCGCCAUUGGCGACUCCUAGGGUUUGGAGAGAUGGUUCGAAAAAGGCCUCGUGGUGUUGUUGAUAUAUCUAGUCCUGAUAUUUCUGAGAAUGAAGAUUUGAAUGAUGUGCAGUGUUCUCAACCAAAUUUUAUGGAUUAUGAUUCAUUUCAGACUUCUUCGGAUGCUAUGGAUGUUUCUGAUGGUGAUUCUUCUAGUGAUAAUUCAAGUUUUGAUCGACAUCUGUAUGAGGACUGUUUGAAGGAUUAUGAAAAGUUUAGAAUUAUGAAGAGAAGGCUAAAAAUGGCAUUGAGGCAUAAGGCUAAGAAGGUGAAAUCUGUAAAGAAGUCUAAGGCUGGUUUCACAAGGUUUUCUGCCACAGCUUUUAUGAAUGUAAUCUCCUCUUUGUCUCCUGAGAAGAAGGAUGUUAUUGCUAGCUAUGGGUUUGGUUCAUUGUUGCUGUUUGAUAAAUGCUUUGUGCCCAAUAGUUUGGCUAAGUGGGUUGCAAAUUUGGUGGAUUCCAAGUCUGGUGAUAUAGUUCAUGAUGGAAAGGUAAUCUCAUUGACUGAAGAAUCUGUUCAUCUGGUUCUUGAUCUUCCUAUUGGUACAAGGCCUUUCCCUUCUGAUCCUAGUGUUGGCAAGGAUUUUAUUUUAUCAAAGUUUGGGAAGUCUAAGAUUCCGCCGGUAUCUUUCUUUGCUGAUAAAUUGAUCAAGAAGGAUGAUUUGUCAGAUGAGGAUGUGUUUAUCUGUUUCAUGAUAGUUGCUUUGAGCAGUUUCUUGUGCCCCAAUACGAACACCAUUCCCAGUCCAAAGUACUUUGGUAUAUUUGAAGAUGUUGAUCACAUUAAGGAUUUCAAGUGGUGUGCUUAUGUGCUUCAGUGGUUACUUGAGCAUGUGAAGGCAUUCAAUGGUGGUAAAGAUGCUAAAGCAAAGCGUUGUUUGGGUCUUGGUGGCUGUUUGUAUUACCUUGCGGUUGUUUACCUGGAUCAUAUUGAUUUCGGUCAGAGGCAACUUGUAGAUUCUAUUCCUCGAAUAUGUGUGUGGAAGGGUGAUUUGAUUAAGUUUUAUGCUAAUCUUGAUAUCAAAUCCCCUGGUGUUUAUGGUUACAGACCUUUGCUUCCCUUUGACAACACAUGCUACUACAAGGGUUCGUCUGGAGGUUGCAUUGCCCCUGCUUCUUUCGAUUCCUGUAGACAGAUCUGGACGGGUGGUCUAGUAGUUCAGGUAAGUUUCCAUUGUCAUGACCUUCUUGUAGACAGAUCUGUAGAGGUAGCAAGGCCUUCUUGUAGACAGAUCUGGACAGGUGGUCUACCAGAUUCGUUCUGACCUUCUUGGUUGGCAAGUUUCCUACUUUUAUGUUUGGAUCCUUGGUUUAUUUUGUUUUCUGGUUUAAGUGCUCUAUACUAUCUUAGUUGGGCUUUGGACAUAUGAAUAUCCUCAGUUGGGCUUUUUUAUUUAACAGGUGCUAGGUGGUUUGUGUAAAAGUUUAGGCUUUGACUAAGGAGUUGUUAUUUUGUCUUGUGGGCUUUGUUUUGGGCCUUCUCAGUUUUAAUUCACUAGUAAGCUCCCAUCCUUUUCUUUUCACAUUUUCUGUAUAGUUUAGGUUUAUUUAUAUUUGAUCAUUAUUUUUUUUACAUAAUUGUACUCAAUGUAAUUUCUUCAUAGUCCUAGUGUAAUUUUUUUUCAGGCUAAGUGACUGUAACUUGCCCUUUUUUGUUUUUUGCAUUUGUAAAGUUUGUGUAAUUUUUUGUAUUUUUGGUUUUGACUUCAAUAGAAAAUAUUUGUUAUA